CCCAGCCUUUCCCCCCAGGCUCCGGCCUGGAUACGCUUCCUUAGCAACGGGUUGCCUUUGGCAACAGGAGGACGCGGGGCCCUUGGCUGGGUUUCCCGCGCCUUCCUACACCUGCUUACCGUAGAAGGCGCAGGCCGAACCAUGUCGGAGAUUCUGUGCCAGUGGCUCAACCAGGAGGUGAAGGUGUCCCAGACCGUGAGUCCCAAGUCAUUUGCAAAGUCAUUUUCCAGUGGUUAUCUAAUUGGAGAAAUUCUGCACAAGUUUGAACUUCAGGGUGAUUUUUCAGAAUUUUCAGAAAGCAGAGUUUCAAAUGCCAAACUUAAUAAUUUUUCUCGCCUGGAGCCAACACUUCACCUUCUGGGUGUGCAGUUUGAUCAGAAUGUGGCCCACAACAUCAUCACGGAAAAGCCUGGGGCGGCAACAAAACUUUUGUAUCAGUUGUACAUUGUUCUUCAGAAAAAGAAGAAAAGUGGACUGACUGGAGUGGAAAUACAAUCCAUGCAACCCCCGGCAAACAUCAGACAGCAAAGCAUGAAAAGUGAGGCUUUUCGAGAUCAACGCUUGAGCAGAAGACGACAAAAUGAAAUAAUGGCCAAAAUCCAAGCAGCUAUCAUACAGAUUCCUAAACCUGCAUCAAAUCGUACUUUGAGAGCACUUGAGGCCCAAAAAAUGAUGAAAAAGAAAAAAGAGGCAGAGGAUGUGGCUAAUGAGAUUAAGAAGUUUGAAGCCUUAAUAAAAAAGGAUCUCCAAGCCAAAGAAAGUGCCUCCAAGACUUCUUUAGAUACAGCCGGCCAGACAACUACUGAUUUGUUAAACACUUAUUCGGAUGAUGACUAUAUUAAAAAAAUCCAAAAGCGCCUUGAGGAGGAUGCUUUUGCACGAGAGCAAAGGGAGAAAAGACGGCGGAGACUGUUAAUGGACCAGUUAAUAGCCCAUGAAGCACAAGAGGAGGCGUAUCGGGAGGAGCGGUUGAUUAAUCGGCUGAUGCGGCAGUCCCAGCAGGAGCGCAGGAUCGCUGUGCAGCUGAUGCAUGUUCGGCAUGAAAAGGAAGUUUUAUGGCAGAACAGAAUUUUCCGAGAAAAACAAUAUGAAGAAAGACGACUUAAAGAUUUCCAGGAUGCUCUUGAUCGGGAAGCGGCUUUGGCCAGACAAGCCAAGAUUGAUUUUGAAGAACAAGCCAUCAGAGAGAAGGAAAUUCAUGAACAGAUUGCUGUGGAAAGAGCUCAAGCUCGUUACAAAAAGCAUUACACUAUAUGUGCAGAAAUUUUGGAUCAAAUACUUGAUUUGUCCACUAAGGUGGCAGACUACCGAAUGUUGACAAAUAAUAUGAUUCCAUAUAAGUUGAUGCAUGACUGGAAGGAACUGUUUUUUAAUGGAAAGCCCAUAUAUGAGCAAGCCUCCAUUAAGCAUCUACCAGCUAAGCCCUCUGCAGAACAACUUACAGAACUGGAUAAGAGGGACUUGCUCGAUAGCAAUGAUUAUGAAGAAUAUAAGAACAUGGUUGGAGAGUGGGCCUUACCAGAAGAAAUGGUAGAAAAUUUACCACCCUCCAACAAUAGCAUAUUGGGUCACGUGAUUCACAGAUUAGUUGAAAAAUCUCAUCCUCCUCAAGUCAAAUCAACAGUAUCAGAAUUACCUUCAUUUACUAUUAAAGGGUGCUUACUGGGGAAAACAUUUAGUGGAAAAACCACUGCUCUAAAGGCUCUACAAAAAGACUUUCCUAUUCAGAUACUUUCUAUUGACACUCUUGUCCAAGAAGCUAUCAAAGCAUUUCAUGACAAUGAAAAAAUCAGUGAGGCUCUACCAAUUGAGAAAGAAGCUGAAGAAAAGACUCCACCAGUUCUGCAAGAGAAGAGCAAAGAAAUCCAGGAUCUGCAGAAUGUGUCUUCACCUUAUCCAGCUUCAGAGGAAGCAUUGCCAGAAACAGAAGAUAAAACUAUACUUAGUACCGAUACAAAUAAAACUAUAAAUGUUGAAGAAGUCAAAUCAAGUGAUAGAUUCUCUGAACUGACUGUGCGUGCUCGGCUUGGUGCAAAAUCAGAAAAGUUGCUGAAGAAAGGAAAGAGCAUUUCUGACAUGUUGCUAGUUAACAUCUUGGUAAAUGCUAUUAAUGAGAUACCUGUGGAUCAAGGAUGGGUCUUGGAUGGUUUUCCAAUGACGUUAAACCAAGCAAAGCUUUUGGAGGAAGCUCUCACAGGCUGCAGCAGAGAGGUUCUAGAACUGGAGGAAAAGAGAGCACAAAUAUCCACGUUGGCUAUUGAUCCUACAACCUCCAAAGAAGUGCCUCCUCUGCUUUCUGCAUUUGAUUUUGUCAUGUUAUUAGAUAUUUCAGAUAAUUCCUUGCUGGAUCGCAUGAAUGACACAAUGACUGAAGCAUUUUCAAGUGAAACUCCUCAUGAAGACAUCACUCAACGUGUAGCUGCUGAAAACCAAGAUAUGGAUGAGGACCAGAAUUUAAGAGAUCAGAUUCAGCAUAGGAUUAUAGGCUUCUUGGACAACUGGUCUUUAUUGGAGCAGUGGUUUACAGAGCCAGAAAAUAUUUUGAUAAAAAUCAAUGCUGAAGUAGAUAAACAGUCUUUAUGCCAUAAAGUAAAAGAAAUGUUUAUGACAGAAAUAAUGAAAAAAGAGAAUAAAGGUAAUUACAUUUCUUUAUAAUUUUGAACUUACGUAACUGAAAUGGGUGGUUUUAAUGAGCUUAGGGAAAAAUGAAAACACAAUUACAAAGUUCUCUGUUUUAUUUGGGUUAUACUAUCUACAAGUACUUCUCUAGCUCUCUGCUGCAGAUGUUUCUAAAUAAGAGAUUUUUCUGUUUGUUUUAAUUUAAUCAAAAUAAGUCAUCUCACUGAAAGUACUGUUUUCAUGUGGAAAAAAAAAAAUAGCAGUUAAAAUUAACCUCAGGAGUUAACCCUCCUUUUAGGAUGGAAACCCUAGACAGUUUAUUUUCCCCAAAUCUUGAUGUGAUGUGAAUUUACUGAUUAUAACUACUUAUUUUAUAAGCCUUCUUCUGGAAUACAUCUAUCACAUUAAACCAUCCUGACCUCCUUCCUCCUUCAUUCGACCAAUAAUAAUUGCCCACUAGCUUUUCAUAGUAUUAUUGAAAUUUAUUAUUGAAAGGGAUCUUAGGCUAAUACACUGCCAAAGCCAGAAUUCAAUGGAGAAUUUUACCUUUGCAAAAUGAUUUGAAAAAUAAAUCUUUCUCUUUUGUUUACCAGUCACUCCUAAUUGUAUUGACAACAGCAUCUUCUUGGUAUAAUAAAAAAGGUCAAAGUUAAUAAUACCACAAGGAUUCUAAAACUGCCUUGAUAGCAUGCUGUCUCCUGUCACUACAUUCAUGACCUAACCACCAUAAUGUAUCAAUUAGCUGACCCCAAACUAGCACAUAGGUAUAAGCCAUAAAUACUGUGAGGAUCCAGGAGCAUACGCUUAGGAAGACAAACUCCCACAUCCAAAUGUCUCCUCCCAAUAAUCACCCAUGUGAAGCUCUCAGACAAAACAAAUACCAAUCCAUAUAUUAUUUAAGUGGCUUAAUAUGUUAUUCGACAGUCAGAAAUUAGGUUAGAGGCUGGAGGAAACCACCCACAGCGAUCUUAAGAGUCUUGGUUGGGAGGCAGAAACGCCAAUUCUAAGCUGUAGCUUCAAACAUCUGCAGGUUAGAAUCAGUUUGUUUUUGCCAGCUAUCAGACUCACUUCAACAUUUUCCUGAAGAUUUUACAUUCCAAUCACUAAAUACAUCAACAGCUCAACUGCCACUUAAUUAAGAUUUACAUUCCUGUCGGUUAAUCACUUGAACAGAUAUUUUAUCAUUAAAACCAUAAACAUUGACCUAGCCCAAUGCUCUGAAUUAAA